UUGGGGAGUGUUUUGGGCAGGCGCAGGCAGGGUGGAAGUUGCUGGUUGUCUAGGUGGCAAAAAAAAAAAAAACGACGAACUUGUCUACGGAAACUUGACGUCUCCAAACAAAUCCACCAUGACUUCGACGAACACGUUUCAAGGCUUAAGCACGGGUUCAAAACCGAGCUCCAGGGUGCUGCAGCCUCCUGGUGGUGGCACCAGCAACCUUUUUGGUGGCUAUGAAGAUGAUUCUGCAGCAUCAAGAAGACCUAACAAAAUGGCCUCCAAAGUUUUCACUCCACCAGAAGAGCCUCAGAGUGUUUCCAGACGCUCCAAUCCUCCAGGUGGGAAGAGCAGUGGGAUAUUUGGUGAACCUGAGCCUCCAGUUAAACCUCAUAGACCCACAGCUCCAGGUGGAGUAGCCAGCAACAUUUUUGGGUCUGCAGAGAGUGCACCUGUCCAAAGCUCAUGCAGAAGUCACCCAAACAAGCCAAAGGACAAUCUAUCUGUGCGACCAGAACCUGAAUCUCCAGCUCCUGAAGCCAAAGUCAGCCCACCAGAGGUGAAGCAAGAAACUGCUCCCCCAGCUCCUGCUCCAGCUCCUGCUCCAGCUCCUGCUCUUGCUCCUGCUCCUGCUCCAGCAAAGGAGGAGCCUGUAGCCGUCUCACCCCCUCCGCAACCCAAACCGCCUACUUCAACACCUGACGAGGAGCUGAUGAAGAACCAUGAGCCUCACCUGGGACCCAAGCCUCGCUCUCACAACCGGGUCCUCAACCCCCCUGGAGGAAAGUCCAGUGUGGUUUUCUACUGAUCAGCUGAGUGCACACUUGUCCCACAUCAUGGCUAAACUCUUGUUUGUUUUUAUUUCCUGCUAAUUCUGUCUCAUUCCUUCUCUACACUCCUGCCACCUGCACAAUACAGCCCAACCCAGACUAGAUUUUUUUUGUGUGUUCAUAUUUGAUUCUUGGUUUGAUGUGAAGUCCUCAACAUUUAGCACUUUUCAUCCUUUUCUGAAUCUCAACUCAUGUCUGAUUAUUUUAACUCCUUCUCGUUGGAACCUGCAGUGAUACAAUCGCCUUAAAGUCAAUCAACUGGCUAAUUAUUUACUCAUCUGACUGUGACGCUGCUGAAUCUCAGUUUUGUGGUAACUCUUGUCACUUUUUUUAAGUUUCUCACAUUUAAAAACGUGUUUGAAUUCAAAGAACGGUUGUGAUGUCAGAACAAGAUUGAAGCUUUAAGUGGACCUAGAUUCAAAUGUGUGACCUGUUUAAAGUUCAUCUUUACAUAAAAUGUGUAUGAAAGUAUUACGACUGUAUAAUUAGAAGCCUUAUGAGCCUAACGUGUCAUCUUUUUUUGCCUUAUCAGUUAUUCUGUACUUAAUGCUUACUUUAACAAACGACGCUGACAAUCUGAUCAAGAACAGAAACCAAAAAAUAAGAAGAAGAAACGAAACAAAGACGAAUGAAAUCACUGAUUCCUAAAUGUCUCAAAGAAAUUCCAUUUAUUUCCCGUGAAUGUACUGUGCAGGUACUUUUCUGCCUUGUCCUCGUUGUUUGCAGUGCCUGAGAAACAUGUCUCUUUAUUUGUUCUGUUUGCUUGGGGUAGGCCUCUGUUUAUGUUUUAAAUUAAAACGGCUGAAAACGAGUGAACACUGGACAAGCUCGUGGCCUACCUGAGUGCAGGUGGGAUCACCGAUAAUCGCCUUUUCGCCCGCGUCGUUAUGCACAUCCAAGGUAUUCUGAUGCCAGCCUGUCCCCCCCUCUGUGCUCAAGUGCCCGGCCGGUAAUGAGUGCAGCAGAAGAAUGAAAUCCAGUGAACUGCAAUAAAACUGUUUGUUUUGCAUUUAAAGUCUGGUUGUUUUUAUCUGUGGCUCAUUUGCAUAAUUGCAUUGUGUGUUUAAAUUCAAUUAUGACUUGAUAAGAGCCUUGUAGUGAGGAAGCAGGUCAGGCCUUGACUUUUAUUUAUUUCAGUCUCACACAUGGUGUAAAACUUACAUAAAACUAAUUUUUAUUUUCCCCUCGAACUUUAAACUUUUAGUCUCUGAAACAUUAUGUUUACCAUAAAGCGAAGUUCUGCCUUAGAAAACACUGUUUUGCAACAUAAUCGUAGUAUUUUACUAUUUAACUUGAAGUGUCUUUAAAUACACAAACACAACUGUGUAUUAAAGCUCAACAUCCUCUUAAAAGUUUAAUAACUUUGGCAUGAAAAUAAGUUUUAACUAAUUUAUACAAAAUCUUGAGACUUAAGCUUCCUUUUGAAAGCAGCGUCUUCAUAGUUACGGUUUAGUUUCACAAAAGGAUGAAGCGGGUAAAGAUAAUGGAUGGAUGGAAAACCUUUUCUGUUAAAUUGAACUAAAGCUGCAGGAAAAUAACAUGGAAGAGUUAAUAAAUAAAUAAUAAAGUGC